GGCUGUGCGUUGAAGUGACAAUAAAAAAAAAAGGAACACAAGUGACAGCUGUUCGGCGAUCAUCGGAUAGAUUGUAGCUGUCUUAUUCAUUCGUGUACUUUUAGAACUCGAUUAGAACGUUGUUAUUCAGGCGAUAUUUCAUUCGAUUAUGAAGACGUUACAUAAACUUAUCCUCAGCUGCUUUGUGGCAACCCUUUUCACAUCAGUUGCCAUGGCAGAAAGCACGGCCACGAUGCCCUCAUCUGCCUCCGAUGAAACUAGCAGCCCAGGAGCCACAGGAGUGUCCGUGGUGACGGCUGAGGAGGGGUCAGGAGGGGAUGGGCAUUCUUCCACCGUGGACACAAGCACCAGUGCUUCCACCGAGCUUGCUGGGGCCAUGGAAUCUACACCCACUACCCCUGCCCCAGAGGUGGACACUACCCUGAGCCCUUCAGCUGCAAUUUCAUCUCCGGAAAGCACUACAGGCAGACCUGCCAUUACUGCUAAUUAUACAACCAUGGGAUCGCACACAGCUACAGCUGAUAACCUCUCUGUUCCCCAUACAACCCCAGAAAAUGCCCCAGCCACAGCAACUGAAAAAUCGGACGUCACCAUCAUGGAAAUAGGCACAGGCACAGGCCACAGCCCCCCAGCUGUCCUGACACCCUUACAAAAUGACCCAACCACUCCCACAGUUAUAUCAGACCUAUCCAGCAUGACUGAAACCCAUACCCCUUCAGUUAUACCUACAACCACAGAAAACAGCUCAACCACUUCUAGUGCUUCCUUAGGCCAAACCAGCACAGACAUGGCUGCCUCCCAUAACUUCUCAGUUAGCUCUACAACCUUAGAAGACAAUCCAACCACUUCCAGUGCUAUAGUAAAGCAGGCCACGAAAAUAACAGACAUGGUUGCCACCCAUAACUCUCCUGCUGCCCUUACUUCUGGAGAAACCCAUUCGCUCACACCCACUAAUACAUCAGACCCUGCAACUGUCACAGAACACUCCACUUCCUCUAUCACAGAAGGCUCAACUGCCGCUGUCACAGAAGGCUCAACUGCCGCUAUCACAGAAGGCUCAACUGCCACUGUCACAGAAAGCUCGACUGCUACUAUCACAGAAGGCUCCACUGCAGCCAAGAACCCUUCAGCUGUUCCUACCCUCUCAAAGUAUACAUCCAGCGCACGUGUUACCAUCACAAAUCCUGCCACCCUGACAACAGGCACAAUCCUAACCCCCAGCCCAAUGGCGUCACCUACAUCUCCACAAAAUAACCAAACAGCACCUUACUCUCCCUCAGUCUAUGCCCCUACGGAAAUCAGCACGAUGCCAGCCACCCUCACUACUGCUUCAGUUACAUCUCCAGAAAAUGAUACAUCUACAUCCUCUGUCACCGUAGUCCUCCCUACCACAGGAACGGACAAAGCUCAGACCAGCACCCCCAUAGCUUCCCCUGCAUCUCCACAGAAUAGCCCAAUAACACCUCAUUCCACCUCAAUGUAUACUUCCAUGGAACCCAGCACAUUCUCAGUCCACAGCUACAUCACGUCACCCACAUCUCCAAAACAAAAUCCAACUGCGUCUUCUACCUCAAAGCCCACAACCAUGGAAAGAGUCACCACCUCAGAUCACAACCCCUUAGCUUCUCCUACAUUUCCAGAAAGCCACUCAACAAUGGCUGGCACUGAUUCAGGCACGAUGACCUCCCGAAACAACACUCCUGGUCUUACUUCCCCAGAAAGUAGACCGACCAUUACCACUACAGUGGUUAUGGAAAUGGGCACAACUCCUUCCCAGAAUCACACGGCUUUCCCUGCCUCUCCAGCAAUGACCACCCAAGAUGUUGUGAACAAGAGAACAGACACAAGCCAUUUUCAAAGUCACACUACUACCCGCCUAGCAUUAGAAAGCACUCCAGCCACCCCCUCUGGCACCCCAGACAACAGCAGCCCCAAACAGGACACGAACCAGAGUGUCAUAACUGCCACCACAACAAAUGAGAGUAACACAGGGGCAGCCGGGACCCAGGUGACAGCGGUUUCCCCAUCUAAAUCUUCCACUUCCCUCACCACGGGUAUCUCUGAACCUUCUUUCACCAGCACCUCUUCCCUGGACAGCACCUCAGCUGCAUCUACCUCCUCUGGUGUCCCUGUCCCUGUAGGUACUAGCCACAGCUCAGCGCUCAGCACUACCAAAGACUCCCCACCAGAUGACCAGACCUCCCCUGACACCUUCAGCACUGCCCAACCGACUGAGAACGACACCUAUCCAACAGAACCAGACAGUGAUCCCACUCUCACCCCCAGCACCACACCCACUACUACCAGACCUGCAGGGUCCUGCUCCAGUCACUCAUGUCCUUUUGACAGCACCUGUGAGAAUCUCUUCACAGGCUUCCGAUGCUUAUGUCUGCCUGGGUCCUUCCAUUCAGGGGAUCGCUGUGUCCAAGCCAAAGUCUUUCCUGGAAUCAUGCGUCUCACUUCAAUACCUUUUGAAGAUGAUAUGACUAACAAGUUGUCCCAAAUAUUUCUGGAUGCAACAAAGGAUAUCUCUGAAAUGUUGAGGGUCACCCUGAGAAACCAGCCAGGUUAUCUCAAAUCAACUGUUCUGGAGCUCAGGCAAGGAAGUGUGAUAGCUACUGUGGAGAAUAUAUUUCACCGCACCUCCAAUGUCACACAGGAGUCAACUAGUACUGCCAUAGCGACAGCCAUCCAGGAGUGUGGGGGUGGCUGUGGUCUGCUGGCAAGAGCCGAGUUCAGUGCAACAAAUCUGUGCAGCCAGGAGCCAGGCCCUUGUGACUCUGUGACGACAGACUGUUCCUACUCAGCUGAUGGGAUUGCCACCUGCAGCUGCAAGCCUGGCUACAUAAAUUCUCGCUUCUCAAACAGAAGCUGCAUAGCUUGUCCGAGUGGUCAGAAGGCAGAGAAUGGGAAGUGUGUUGUAUGCCCGUUUGGCUACGCAGGAUUUGAUUGCAACGAUUCAUCUCUUUUGGCGGCAGUGGUGAUAUCCUGUGUGCUGGGUGGACUUUUGCUCAUCCUGUUUCUAGCCUUCAUCAUCUACUGCUGGAGACGGCCUCGGAAGGAAGCCGACUGCAGCAGCCCCUACAAAGAUGAGGACUUCCGCAACAUGUGGCCCAGUAAGGACAUCCUACCAAUCCCACGGGCCACUCUAAACUGGGACCCGGCGCAGAUCGAGAUGACAGAGAGCGACAGCAAUACCCAGCUGGCCAGGAAGAGCCUCGUUAAUGGCAUGACGGGCUCUUAUGAUGGCAUGGAGGACCUGAAGACCUUCAAAGGCAAGCACACGACGAGGUACUCCUACCUUGUCCAAGGCCAUGAGAAUCCGUACUUCCUUGCGGAGGAUGAGAGGAAAGCCAAAUAAAAUGACGAUGGAUGCGGGGAAAACAGCCAUUGACUGAGGAUGGGAUUGAUUUCUGUCCGCUUCCAUUUUGCUGGACUUUGCACUCAGGUUGGGAAUGGCAGCAGGAAAGUAAAGUGAGCCGUGAGGCUCAUGGCUGCUUAGUCUCUACUUUCUGUCACGCUCAAUAGGAUUCUACUCUUGUGCCCCUUCUCUCUCCAAAUCUGUUUAUUCCAGGUCAAAGGAGCUCCUCCAGGUGAUGAAGGAACAUGAAAGCACACUGCAGGGUACAGAUCGCAGUACAGCAGCACACACAUUUCCCUUUUGAACUUGUAGAGUAUUACAGAUAAACUGCAGGAACCGGUUUGAUUGGAAUCUAGAUUGCCGUUAUGAGUUAUCGAUACAAAACGUCACUGGGUUUAGAUGCAAAUCAUCAAAACUGCCAAAGAAGUGAUGGCCUUUGUUACUGUUGAAAUAACCGUUGGUUAUUAAUAAAAGUUCUGCAGGCUUAUGAUUUUGUCCUCAGGCUGUAAGUCUGCCAGUCUGAAAUGCUUGACAAAAUAAAAUGUGUCACAUAAAUUAUUUUCUCGGUAGAUGUAUGCCCCACAAUGUGUUGAGCUGUCACUAUGCAGUAUGAGCCAUGGGUAAUCUGCACUACAACCAGCAGGUGGCAGUGUUUUAAUGUUUUUGCACCUGCUCAUAUCCUUACUGUGGUCGUUCCUCUUUUGGUCGUAGUGAGCACACAGUUAUAGUCCAUCAGUAUGGUAUAGUCUUAGUAUUGGAAAACAAUUUUCUGUGGUAGUGGCGCUAAAGUAUACAAAGCAUUUGCUGAAAACCGGCAAAGAUUUUGAAAAAGUUUUUAUUUUUAUUUCCA